AUGUUGGCCAGGAAGGGUCUCCUGCCGGACGGCUUCCUGCUGACCCGUCUGGCCGAGGACCAGAACCAGCCGAACCGCAGCCGGUCCCGGUCUCAGCGAGCUCGCUUCAUCACCAAGACCGGCUCGUGCAACGUGGCCCACAAGAACAUCAUGGAGCAGGGUCGGUUCCUGCAGGACGUCUUCACCACCAUGGUGGACCUGAAGUGGCAGCACUCGCUGCUCAUCUUCACCUGCGCCUUCCUCUGUUCCUGGAUGCUCUUCGCUAUGAUCUGGUGGCUCCUGGCCUUCGCCCAUGGAGACCUGGAGCCUCGGGACCCUGACGGCAAGCCGGGCCCGGUCCCCUGCGUCACUGCCAUCCACUCCUUCACCUCCGCCUUCCUCUUCUCCAUAGAAGUCCAGGUGACCAUCGGUUUUGGCGGCAGGAUGGUGACGGAGGAGUGUCCCUUGGCCAUCACCGUGCUGAUCAUCCAGAACAUCCUGGGGCUCAUCGUCAACGCCGUUAUGCUCGGCUGCGUCUUCAUGAAGACGGCUCAGGCCAACCGCCGCGCAGAGACACUCAUCUUCUCCAGAAAUGCCGUCAUCGCUCCUCGAAACGGUCGGCCGACCUUCAUGUUGAGAGUCGGAGACCUGAGGAAAAGUAUGAUCAUCUCUGCCACUGUCCAGCUGCAGGUGAUCCGACGGACGGUCACGGCCGAGGGCGAGGUGAUCCCUGUGUGUCAGCUGGACAUCCAGGUGGAGAACCCUCUGAGGAGCAACGGCAUCUUCCUGGUUUCUCCUCUGAUCAUCAGCCACACCAUGGAGAGAGGGAGCCCCCUGUACGAGCUCUCCGCCAAGUCGCUGGCAGCCGAGGACCUGGAGAUCAUCGUCAUCCUGGAAGGCGUAGUGGAGACCACAGGGAUCACCAUGCAGGCCCGCACCUCCUACACCCCCGAGGAGAUCCUGUGGGGGAGGCGCUUCGUCUCCAUCAUAACGGAGGAGGACGGUCGCCACUGCGUCGACUACUCCAAGUUCGGCAACACGGUUCCCGUCCGGAUGUCGUCUCUCAGCGCCAAGGAGCUGGACCAAACCAGAGGCGUCCAGGAGGGGGGGUCCGAGGCGCAGCUGCAGGGCUGGGGGCUGGUCCGAGCCGGAAGAGGAGGUUUCCGCCGAGGGGGCAGGGCCUGCGACAGCUCCGCCCCUCAGCCCUGGUAUGCCCAAGCAGAGAAACUGGAGACAGUGGCGGAGCAGAAAGGACAGAAGAAGACGAUGCAGCUGGAGGUCAUCGGACGACAGAUGGAAGAGGACGGACUGGGAGACAUGAGUGACUGA